AUGGCGAUUGUCACUGUAGCAAACGCAUUAAAGAAUAAAAGAGAUCCACCACAAUGGAAAGAAGCCUUGCGACAGUUGAAAAGAUCUUCUCCAGAAAACUUCACAGGAGAUAUGAGUAGAGCAUAUGUAUCAAUACAAUUAAGUUACAAUUACUUAAAAAGUGAUCUGAAGAAGACUUUUUUGCUCUGUAGUCUAAUGAGCCAUCAAGGUUUUAUUUUAGACUUGGUCAUAUAUGCUAUGGGAUUAAAUAUAUUUCCAAACAUUUUCACGAUCGAAGACGCUUGGAAUAAGGUGUAUGCAUUGAUCAGUGAACUUAAAGACUCUUCUUUGUUGCUUAACGAUCAAACCAACGAUUCCUUUUCAAUGCAUGAUUUUAUCCGUGAAGUUGCUUCAUCCCUUGCAAAAGGAGAGGACCAUGUGUUUUCCGUGAGAAAUGAGAUGAAUUGGAGAUGGCCUAGUGAGGAUGAACAAAAGAUUUGCAAAAAGAUCUUCAUACGUGAUAGCACUAUUACUGACCUUCGUGAAAAGUUGGAAUGUCCAGAACUUGAAUUGUUCUAUAUGAAUACCAAGGUUGGUGAUUCUCAUGUUGAAAUUCCUGAGGAUUUUUUUAAAGGGAUGAGGAAUCUCAAAGUCUUAGAUUUGACUAGGAUGAAGUUUUCCUCUUUGUGGUCAUCGUCAAUUCGUCUCAUAACAAAGCUUCAGACAUUGCGUCUAGAUAAUAGUGUAGUUGAUGACAUAGCUGUUAUUGGACAGUUGCGGACAUUAAAAAUUCUUAGUUUACGAUAUUCAACAAUUGAGCAAUUGCCUAAAGAAAUAGGUCAAUUGACUCAGUUAAUAUUGUUAGAUUUAAGUAAUUGUCAACGACUAACAGUUAUAGCACCAAAUGUGAUAUCAAGUUUAUACAGAUUGGAAGAAUUGUAUAUGAAAGGAUGUUUUGUUCUACAGAAAAUUGGAGGUCUCAAUAUUGAAAGAAGGAAAGCCAUCCUUGAUGAGUUGAACGGGUUGCCUCGUCUCGCCACUUUAGAAAUACAGUUUAACGAUGCAAAUAUUUUUCCAGAAGGCUUGUUCUCCAAAGAUUUGCUAAGGUACAAUAUAUCCAUAAGUGAUAAUUUUCUCUUAUCUUGUGGAUCGUGCAAUUUUCAAGACUCGGGGCCGUUUGAUGAGGAUGGGACUUUAAGGACACUGAGACUGGAGUGCAAUUCUAUCAAUUGGUCAGAGAAGUUUCGAUGCUUCAAGAAUGUUGAAUUCUUAUGCAUAGGGAAAUUGCAGUGUAUUGGGAAUGUUCUUAACGAAUUAGAGAGAGAAAGUUCUUCACAACCGAGUUCUUCUCAACUGAAACAUCUCCAUCUCCACAAUACUCCUAAUCUCUCUUGCAUUUUUAACUCAACAAAUUGCACAGAUGGUGUUGUCUUCUGCAACUUGGAGUCACUGAUUCUACUAAACUUGAAUCGGUUGAAGAACAUAUGUUCUGGUCAUCCGACAAAAGAGUCUUUUUGCAACCUGAAGAUCAUAGAUGUGAAAGGAUGCGUUAAAUUGGAAAAUAUCUUUUCAUUCGGCAAUGCUAGUAGCCUUCCACAACUUCAGACAAUGAAGGUGGAAUCUUGCGACAAUUUGAAACAGAUUUUUGCUGUUGAAAGAGGAGAAAAUGAAAACAACAAUGAAGUAAUUGAUCAGAUUAAAUUCUAUCAGUUACGCUCUUUGACUCUCAAUUUUCUUUCACAUCUUACAAGCUUCUAUUCUGAAGUGAAGACAACUUCAACAUUGCGAGAGAGAUGGCAGGAUGAACUUGACACUCCAUUACUUUCCAACAUGAAGGUUGCUUUUCCAAAUUUGAAGACCUUAAAUCUGAGAGCAAUUAAUGUUAAGAGGAUCUGGAACCACCAAAAUCCAGCAUUAACACCUUCCUACAAAAAUUUAAAGCACUUGACUUUGAGGGAUUGCAAAAACCUAAAGUAUGCUUUCCCAUCAUCUUUAGUCAAAAAUUUUGAGCAGCUCGAACACCUUGAGAUUCGCAAUUGUAUAUCUUUGAAGAAGAUUGUUAAGUUAGGUAGCGAAGCUACUGCGUUUGUCUUUCCGAGAGUAACCUUUUUGAGUCUAAGAGAGCUACCAAAGCUAAAAGCUUUCUACUCUAGAAAACAUACUCAUGAAUGGCCACUGUUAAAGGAAUUGCUGGUGUCUUGCCAUGAAAAAGUAGAGGGAUCCGAUUCAGAAGAUAAUGAGCGGCAACCUGACAUUUCAGAGCCACGAUACCUCUACUUGUUGAAAAAGAUAAAAUUUCUGGAACAUCUCGAAAUAACGGGGUUUGAUGAAUUGAUUAGUCUAUCUCCAUCGUCCCCUGUAGCUUUCCAAAAUUUAAAAGUUCUGAAAGUAACGCAUUGCAAUGGAUUUGUAAACUUAAUGACAUCUUCAAUAGCCAAAAGCUUGGAGCAACUGAGAGAAAUGGAAAUAACAGCAUGUCAUGUGAUGAUAGAAGUAGUAAAAAAUGAGGGAGACGCAGGAGGAGAUGAAAAGAUUGUUUUCAAAAAUUUGACGUACCUCUUACUCAAUGAUCUAAAAAGUCUCAAAUGCUUCUAUUCUGGGAACUGCACUUUGGAAUUUCCAUCUUUGGAAAAAUUAGAAGUGAAUGACUGCCACAAGAUGAAAACAUUCUGUCAAGGAGUCUUACGUGCUGAAAAAUUACUCGAAGUAAAGAAUCUCAGAUAUGAUGAAAAGUUUUGGAAGGAUGACCUUAAUACAACCAUACUACGAGUAUACAGAAGACACAUGAUAAGGGAUAAAUUGCGAUUGAUUUUGUGGGCUACUGCCUAUCUGGCCUCGGUGCAACAACCUUCCAGCUUUUUGUGGUAUCCUAUGUAUUUAUUACUGCUCAGUGAUACAUUCACAGGAUUGGACAGAGUGGGAGCCACCUAAGAGUGCUUAUGUAACAAUUUUUUGUAGCAUAAUUCUUGUUUUAAUUGGACUCAUGGCUAUUUGGUUGAGUCUUCAUGGUAUAUUGGCGCGAUCAAGAGGUUCAUUAAUUACAGCAGCUUUUUUAGGUAUCCUAUGUAUUUGUUAUCGCCCAGUUUUACAUUCACAGGAACUUCUUUUAUUAAAAGCGCUGGAAGUGCUUCUAGCAAUGUUCGUAUUUCUCAGUUUCUUUGCGGCUCUUGCCGCAUUACAGGGGUUAAACGAUCUUCCUUCUUGGGCUAAAUGGU